UUUGAAAAGUGGGAAAACAGUGGUCUACACUUGUAUACGGCUCGUAGCCAAUAGAUGACGUUGUGCAGUGUUGCCAAAUGUAGCGGAAUUCCGCUAUCGGUAGGGGAAUUUUGACCAACGGGGGGCGUAGCCACGAUAGCGUAAAAAACCUGGAAAUGUAGCUGAAUUUUUUUGAGACUUGAAAAUUGGAAAAUUCGAGGGAUUUUUUGUGCACUUGGCAUGUUAUAUUGCACUUAUAAAAAAUGUUAUUUUGAAUGGCGAAUGAAAUUUUUAUGUAGAGGAAUUUUACCAUUUAUCUCUGGCAACACUGGCAAUGUGUAAAGUUAGAUAGAUAAGACAGUUUUCCAUUCAAACGCUACUGUGCAUUUAGAGAAAAAAAAUUCAAGUCUGUGGUUACACCGUUAAACCACUUCACCGGAAACGGUUAAUAAACCAUCGAUCUAAUUCUACCACAUCAGCAUGGAACUUACACUCUUAAUUCUAUCUCUCUCAGUUGCGGCCGUUAGCAACGCUCUGAGAUGCUAUGAUUGCGAUCCAAAUACAGACGGCAAAUGCAUGAAGCCCGAAAUAGAUAACGCGAAGACUACAGUUUGUGAAGAAGAUGACGGUGCCACAAUACCACCCACAUAUCUUAAGAAACUGAUUAACGACAUUGACAAGACGGACAUUGAGACUAGAGUUAGUAAUCGAUCCGAAUUAAAAUUUGAAUGUUUCACCAUGGUCUAUGAAGCAGAGAAAAAAGGUCAAUCAUCUGGAGUCUACAGAGGCUGCGUAGAAAAGACUAAGUACAUUGAGUCAUCUUGCACAUAUAUCGAAGAGUGGCUGAACAAAAACAACGUGUCUUCUUGCACAACUUGUUCCGACGACAAGUGUAAUAAUGAGUAUGUCGGUGGAGCCGCAGCUUUGACAAUGUCUUUGGGAAUUCUUACCCUCAAUUUAUUACUUUGUGUGAAAGUAUUUACGUUUUAAUGUGGAGUAUUAGAUAUGUAAGUAGUUGCGUAAAUUAUUUGUCAGUCAUCUUUAUCGUCAGAAUUUGUAUCGCGUCAUGUAAUUUAGGUAUAGGUAAAAGUAGGUAAGUAUUAGAGUAUUUGUUCUGAGAAAUUUUUAGCUGUUUUUUUAUGUCAUUUUGUUAAUUAAAGAUAAUAUAAUUUUUAAGUGUA